UUCUGUUCUGUUAGGCUCUCCCAAUUCUCAGCCACAAGAACAAUCCAAAACCCAAAAUCCACUCUCCCCUUCUACCAAAAUUUUUGUAAAAUUCUUCCCUUUUUCUCACCUCUCACCACGGGUCUCUCUCCCUCAUCAACCCUGCCUCUUUAGGCACGGUUGAACUUCAUUCUUCAUUCUUCAUUCUUCAACUUCAAAUAUGCUCCUCUCUCUCUGACUCCAUCCAACCCAUCAAUACUUCUUCCUCUGUCCUCAAACAUGGAGAAAAAGGGUGCCAUUCUGAUGCAGAGGUACGAGCUCGGGAGGUUGCUUGGGCAGGGGACCUUUGCCAAAGUGUACCAUGCCCGGAACCUCCACACGGGCCAGAGCGUGGCCAUCAAAAUCAUUGACAAGGAGAAGGUUCUGCGUGUGGGGCUCAUCGACCAAAUCAAGAGGGAGAUCUCUGUGAUGCGCCUCGUGCGCCACCCCAAUGUGGUGCAGCUCUACGAGGUGAUGGCCAGCAGGACCAAGAUCUACUUCGUCAUGGAGUAUGUCAAGGGUGGGGAACUCUUCAACAAAGUGGCUAAGGGGAGGCUCAAGGAAGACGCCGCUCGUAAGUACUUCCAGCAGCUCAUUGGCGCUGUUGAUUACUGCCAUAGCCGCGGAGUCUACCACAGAGAUCUCAAGCCUGAGAAUCUCCUUCUUGACGAAUUUGGGAAUCUCAAGAUUUCGGAUUUCGGAUUGAGUGCGUUGGCCGAGUCUCGGCGGCAGGAUGGCCUUCUCCAUACCACCUGUGGAACCCCUGCCUAUGUCGCCCCUGAAGUCAUCAACAAGAAAGGUUAUGAUGGUGCCAAAGCUGAUAUUUGGUCUUCUGGGGUUGUCCUGUUUGUUCUGCUGGCGGGUUUCCUCCCAUUCCACGACCCAAAUCUGAUGGAAAUGUACAGGAGAAUUUCCAGAGGAGAAUUCAAAUGCCCUCAAUGGUUUCCUCCCGAAGUGCGCAAGCUUCUCUCAAGAAUCCUCGACCCAAGUCCCCACACCAGAAUAAACAUGGCCAAACUCAUGGACAAUUCUUGGUUCAAGAAGGGCUUCAAAGCCAAUGUAGCAACUCCCAAACCACUUCGAAUCAAUGGAGAUGUGUCGUCAUCGGUAAGCGACGUCCACGCCGCUUUCGACGACAUUAGUUCCGAGGAAGGGUCGAUUAAUGGCAAUAACAAUGAGAGCGGAAAGCCACCGACCAGAAACUCUAGUUUCAAUGCCUUUGACAUCAUAUCUCUGUCGCCGGGGUUCGACCUGUCGGGUCUGUUCGAGAGCGACGUGGAUCAGAGGCUGCAGUCGAGAUUCACGACCGCGAAACCAGCAUCGGCGAUCGUGUCGAAGUUCGAGGAAAUAGCGGAGAUGGAGAGGUUCAAGGUGUUGAAGAAGGAUGGGAUAGUGAAACUGCAGGGGAGUAAACAGGGGAGGAAAGGGGAGCUGGCUAUAGAUGCUGAGAUAUUUGAAGUGACACCUUCUUUUUUUGUGGUGGAGGUGAAGAAAACUGCUGGGGACACUUUGGAAUACAGGCAAUUUUACAACAAAGACAUAAGGCCUUGCCUCAAGGAUAUUGUGUGGACUUGGGAAGGAAAUGAGCAGCAGCAGCAACAGCAACCACAACCACAAAUUGUUUAGGCUGUUUCUUCUCAGUUCUCUCGUUAGAAAUUAAUAUUAGAAAAAAGAAGGCUGUUUUUUCUUACUUGUUCCUAUUCUUACCAUUGCUUUUUCUCUAUUCCCCAUAUUGAUUGUAUAAUCAUUCUGAUCUCAUUAAUCUCUUCAUUCUCUUGUUCAACUUCUUGGUUCUCUUGGAAUCUAACUCAGAGAUGGAGAUUGUGAUUAAAGAAAAAAAGGGACAAAAAAAAUUGAACACCCAUUUGUUGGUGUUCGUGGAAUGGAAUUCCAGGUGUGAAACAGUGAAAAGGCGAUUACUUUUUA